UAGUAUUGGAACGCGCUGUGCAUUUUGGGAGCGGUCGGUCUUCCAACAUGGCCUCUCACUGACAGCUGUGGGGCUUCCAUUAUCUGAUCGACCGCUGUCAACGGGCGAGAGAGACAGCUUUAUUCUGUUUGAACAACCUCUGUAUGAAAUUGUACGAGAGCGACCCUGGUCGUAAACCAGAUUUUAUAAUCUAUUUUUAAAAUACAGAGUCACACCCACUGUAUUAGAAAAAAGAAUCGAAGAAGAGACGAAAGAGAAACAGAGAAUAGGGGGGAGAAGGGAGAGAUCAGCUCAGUAACCUGCAGUGUCGUCGCUCCUUACCAGGGCGGCGUUCACAGAUAAAUAUUGAUGUUUUUUAUUUAUCAUUGACAGCAUAAUAGGUGUGUGGCUAGUACAGUAGUGGGGGGCCAUUGUUGUUUUUUAACGAGCUGCCUCGUUGUUCUAGGCUUUUCUUUAUUAAUGUUCGACCGGUCUGGUGUUUUUUUCGGGGGAGAGAGAUGGGCUCGCCGGCUGUGGACUCGUCUCAGUGGCUGUCAGUGAAGGAGGAGACGAUUUUCCUUCAUGACGGACUGAUUCGUGUCACCGACCUGGCCGAGCUUCCCAGCGAGAUCGGGGUCUCGGAACCGGGGGACACUGAGCAGGAGAUCUUGACGUUCGAGACCAAGAACCCAACGGAACUCGCUGAGCGGCUGCGCACGGUGUGUGGUAACCAGAGCAACGCCUACGCGCGGCUGCUGGAGUACCGCCUGAACGCGCUGCGCGGGCUGUGGAAUGCACAGAGACAGCUGGCCCUGGAGGAGCAGCAGGAGCGGGAGAGCUCGGGGGACGAGGAGACGGUGGCCCUGCUCAAACGGCAGGGCCUCCUGCAGCAGCCCGAGCAGGCCCCCUUCACCUCCCGCAUGGGGCUGCUGCUCAUCUUCCCGCUCAUCCAGUCCCAGUCGCGCACCGACCCAGCCCUCUGCAACAUCACUGCCGAGGUGCUGCUCGCCUGCCUCCGCGACUGCCAGCCCCUGAGCCUCACCAAAGAGCCCGCGGACUGCCUCAAUGGCCUGGAGUCCCUGCUCUGCUCCUGGCUGGAGGACCACACCAGCUCCGGGGAGCACAUCCCGCAGAAGCAAAAAGAGAAUGCGGCAGCGGCACUCGUCGCCCUGGCCUGCGCAAGGGGGUCAUUAAAAACCCUAAUUCACACGGUACACCUGCUUCAGAAACAGACUGAUUUGGGGUAUUUGCCUGUUGCCGAUGUACUCUAUAGGUUAUUGGUGUUGGAAGGUGGGCCCGGGUCCCCGUCCUGCUUGCUGGGGGGCAAACACAUAGUGUCCUGGGGCUUUGAGGACAUGCUGCCGGUACCUGACAACAGCAGCGGCUCCGGUAGUGACAGCAAAGACACAGAUUUAGGGCGUUCUCUUGGUACAGAUGGAUGUUAUCUCUAUACCACAAACUCAUUUGGAAAGGGAAUCAGCAAGCUUGGCUCAGGACUUCAUGGGACCUUACGUGGUUUUGUGUACUGCCGUAAUGAAGAGCUGGAAGCCGGUUGGGUUUCCUUUAGCAACUGCAGACUCCUUCACAGGCCUGUCUCCUUUGAUAACAAACCUCACUACCUUUUCCACGUCAUCGACCAAUUCACCCUCCAGGUGUGCCAGAUUGUCCCCAUGCCAGUGAACCACUUUCCUGUUGGCAGCAGCAUGACCACCGUCCAUCUCUGCUCUGAUGGCUCCUACGUCUACUGGAUCUGGUCUCCGGCAAGCCUGAAUGAAAAAACACCAAAAGGACACUCUGUGUUUAUGGAUGUCUUUCAACUAACAACGCAGAAUGGUGUCUGUGCAGCAGUCCCACUCCAUGAGCGCAUCAUUCUGAUGAGGAAAGAGGGGGAGUCGUCCAAGUGUCUGAACGAGCUGCUUCUGAGCCGCAUGUCCCGCUUCAGAGCCUCCCACUCCGCCACACUGGCUGCGCUCACAGGGUCCACAAUCACCAACACGCUCAAGGAGGAUCAGUCAGCGGUCAACACAAGCUGUGGAAUACCCAUGAAGACACUGCGCAGGACCCCGAUGUACACCUGCGGAACGUACCUGGUCAUGCUGGUGUCACCUCCAGGGGUGUCGGGGAGCUCUGCCACACGCUCACUGUUUGGGGGUGCCAGUGGGUUGUCAUCUCUGAAAAUCCUGGCCUCUAGCCUGGUGUUUAACAUUUCUGACGGACAGUUCACCAGCCGUGCUGACCUCAUAGACGCCACUGGGAGUUCUCUUGGCCGUGGUGCUGUGGUUCCAGGACUUGGUGCCUGCUACGAUACCAUGAACAACCUGAUCUGGACGUGUUCGAAUGACUAUAUGGAUCAAUGGUGUAACCCAGGAAACCAGGCUUUCCACCAUGUCUGCCAGCGGCUGGGUGUCAGCCACAUCAUCACAGAACCUCAAGUAGAGACAGUUGCCACCACUGAUGUGAUUAACCAGUUACUGCACCACGUGGGAGCCAUGUGUAUCCACCAGCUGAACAUCCUGGCUGCCAGCAGAAAUGUACCAAUCAGCAGCUUCCUGGGAAAGCAGCACCCAAUAGAGGCACAGCAUUUCAGCAGCAUCUGUGACAUCAUGGAGAAGGCCAUGGUCAACAAGGACACAUGCAUUAUCCGCUGUAUUCUUGUAGUCUUUCAGGUGGUGUUCACGUUUUUCUUUAACCCUCAAACGGAGCGGAAUCGAGAGACUGUGCGCCGCUCGGGUCUUCUACUCUGGCAGUUGUUGAUGGCACCAGUCGACCAGAUCGGCGCUGAAAUCCAAAAGGAGGUCUGCCUAGCAAUCAGCUCUGGAUUAAACACAUUGUAUCCAGGGGAGGCAGAAUUUAACAACUUGCUCAAAUUGGUCUUGACGGAAGGAGAGAGAAACACUGGUUUGUCUCGGCUCCGAGAUGUUAUCCUGACUAACAUAGCCGAUCAGCUACAGAACAACCGGUUUGGAAGUGAAGAAGAUGAACACUAUAGGCUGAACGAUGAGCUGCUUCACUAUAUCCUGAAGACUGUGGUUCGAGAAUCCUGUAUCCUUAUCACCAAGUGCCAAACAGUCACCAAGGAUGACUUUCAAAAGCUUCUCUCCACAGUGCCAGUUGCCUCACCUAGCCUGAGAUACCUCAUGGCAGUCCAGAACCACCUUCUGAGCAACACGGUUCUGAUCAAACCCGACGAGCAUGAUGAUAGUGACAGCUCCCUGCAGGGGGAAACAUUGAAGGUACAGGAGCUGCAGACUAGCAUCUUAUCGCUUGCUACCAAAAUCCUGGUGGGAUGUGAUGAGGUGUUGGAAACACUCCAGCAGGUCACCAUUGCUAUUAUAAACAGUGACAUAUCGGACAGGGAGAACAGGUUAAAAGGCUUGGAACAGGUGACCAAGGCCACCAUUCUGGGUCACCUCCUGCCUGUUUUGCUGACGUCACUGAUGCAUCCCAACCUGCAGACCCUCAUCCUGGCAGAUGCACUCAUGCCACAGCUUGUACAGCUAGUGCUCUAUACUAGCCAGACUGCCCUACUGCUGAAGACUCAGUCUCCUAUCUUCUCUGACACAGCUGACCUGUCCUGGGGAAGCGCUGAGAAGGGCAACCUGCUUUCCUCGGCUGAGAGUUUCCGAAGCCUGGAGGAAAGGGAAGAGCCUGGCUUCCUCACAGGCCUAAAGAUCCCUGCACCCUGGGCUGCUGGGAAGACAGUGGAGACAGUCCACCCAGUCAGGGACAACUAUAAAUUCAAAGAUACGGUGCACAUCCCCGGAGCUCGCUGCCUCUACCUGAGGUUCGACCCCCGCUGUUCAUCACAGUAUGACUACGAUAAGCUUGUGAUCUACGCAGGUCCAAACACGAACAGCAGGAAGGUUAUAGAGUAUGGUGGGAACACCCUGGGUUACGGCAGUCGCAGUGUUCUUGGGACAGGAUGGCCAAAAGACUUAGUCAAGGUGGAAGGGGACACAGUCACCUUUUCAUUUGAGAUGAGAAGUGGCAGAGAGCACAACACUCCAGAUAAAGCAAUGUGGGGUUUUUCCGCUACUGUCAGAGCUCAGGAAUCCUCUGAGGAUGUGUGCGGGGGUCUCCCCUUCCUGGCUGACCUUGCCCUGGGUCUCUCAGUGCUCGCCUGCUCCAUGCUGCGGAUCCUCUACAACGGACCUGAGAUCACCCGCGAGGAAGAGGCCUGCCAGGACCUGCUCCGCUCCAAACUGCUUCAGAGGUGCCAGUGGCAGGUGGAGUCGAAUGGCGCCAUUUCCCCAGCUCUCACCCCCAGCCCCUCCCCCCUACCGUUGACCAUUGAUGAGGACCGUGAGUUCACCUAUCCCUCCGACGUGCUGAUCCCCCCGCCAGGGCCAAUCACAGGGAGCUACUUCGACCUGCCCCGCAUCCGCCUGCCCCCCGGCAUCAUGGGAAGACUCCGGGAGAUCUCGGGACGCGCACGCCCACAGUUCAGACCCAGCAUCAAGGAGGUGAUUCAGCCCGAUGUGAUGGAGGAGGUGAUCGUCUCUUGUGUCAUUAAACACCUGACCCUGAUCGACGCCCUGCAGACGCUCGUCAACUUCCAGUACCGUGAGGAGCACGGCGAGGAGUAUGACCUGCUCUGCAAAAUCAUGGCUGAGACCUUCAAAAAGAUCAACGCUAUGGAGCGACAGCUGCAGUGUGUGGCUGAAUUAGAGCAGAAGUGGCAGAAUGAGGUGGAAGAGGCCCAGCAGGACAAGCUGGAGAACAAUUCACCCUUCUUCCACGACUAUCAUUUUUAUGAGAACAAGAUGAAGGAGCUGGAGCUGCUCUGCUCGCUGAAAGAGGUUGUGUUUGACUGCAGUGAUUUGGAAAAUGUUGUUCUAACGCUGAGAGAGAAGUUCACUCAGGAAGUGAACUCGCUGAUCCAGAAGGCUGCAAUUCCUCUGGUGAAAACGAAAGCUUUAGUGAAGAGCCUGAUGAACCGGGCUGAGCUGCUGCUGCACGUGACAAUCGCUGCACAGUCCAGGAGUUUAUCAGGGACCCCUGCAGACACGCCAGCCUGCAAGUCUGUCUCCGAGACCAAGCCCAUGUCUCACGCUGUCAAACAACCCAUCUUCCUGCGCAGUAUGUCUGCGCCCUCUGACCUGGAAAUGAUUGCCAGUGAGGAUCUGGAGUUUAACAGAGGCAACCAAAGGCGGCGCCAUCAUGUCACCAGUCACCGCAGCAGUUCCUUCACUCUGCUGCAGUCUCUGGCUAUCGAGGACAGCAGGGACAAGCCCACCUACAGCGUGCUGCUGGGGCAGCUCUUUGCUUUCAUUGGGACCAACCCCGACCAGGCGGUGUCUGGCAGUAGUUUCCUGUGUGCAGCACAGACGCGGUGGCGGCGAGGGAACACGAGGAAGCAGGCGCUGGUUCACAUGCGGGAGCUGCUGACCGCUGCAGUGCGUGUGGGAGGGGUCACUCACCUGGUGGGGCCGGUCACCAUGGUGCUGCAGGGUGGGCCCAGGAUAGAGGAGUUGACCUGCGGUGGCAUGGUAGAGCAGGUCCAAGAGGCCUUCGGAGAGACCAUGACGUCUGUGGUCUCGCUGUGUGCCCGCUACCCGAUCGUCUGUGCCAACAGCAUCGGCCUGCUCUGCACCAUACCGUACACAAGGAGUGAGGAGAAAUGCCUGGUGCGCAGUGGUCUGGUACACCUCAUGGACCGCCUGUGUAGCCUGAGUGGCCAACGAGACUGCAGCGCCAACGAGAAACAGACAAAGAAGCAGAAAGUGGCCACCAUGGCCUGGGCUGCCUUCCAGGUCCUGGCAAACCGCUGUGUGGAGUGGGAGAAAGUGGAAGGUCUCACAAGAAAGAAGGCAAGCAGUAGAACAUUAGGUCGAGGAGGGUUAACGGGCGCAGUGCAUUCUGGCCUGGCUCGUCAGGUGUCCAGCCUACUGACCAAUCACCUGGCUCGUGCCACAGAGUGCUGUGGGAACCAGGCGGCUGGGAAUGAUGCCUUGCAGGACGUUCUGAGCCUCUUGAAUGACUUGUCAAGGAGUCACAUUGGGAAGGCUAUUCUAAGCCAGCCGGCCUGUGUUUCCAAGCUGCUGUCCCUGCUCCUGGACCAGCGGCCCUCCCCCAAGCUGGUGCUGAUCAUCCUGCAGCUGUGCCGGGCUGCGCUACCCCUGAUGAGCGUGGAGGACUGUGGGAACGUGGAGCUGCCACCUUGGAGCUACUCCAUUCAGACCCUGGACACCGACCAGGAUGACCCCGGUGACCCAGCGUCCAAAAUCGCAUCCUUGCUGCUGGCCAAACUGGCAGACUACGUUGUACCAGGUUGCCAGACUGUGCUGUCGCCCAGCUGUUCAGAGCCAGACACCAGCCUCUCUCGAAUGAGCCCCAAGAACUCCCUGAAGAUGGACAAAGACGCAGAGGAGGAGGGCGAGGCUGUGGACGGCAAACUCUCCAUUUUCAUCCACAAACGAGAAGACCAGUCGUCCCACGAGGUGCUGCAGCCGCUGCUGAGUAGCUCAGAGGGACGUCCAUUCCGACUGGGUACUGGGGCAAACAUGGAGAAGGUGGUGAAGAUGGAUCGAGACAUGACCAAGAGUGGGUGCUGUGAGGUGAUCACAGAAGAAGCAGCGGCUGCCCUCCGCAAGGCCACCAAGUGGGCGCAGUCUGGGUUGAUCGUGAGUGUGGGGCCUCCUGUCGAAAGCGUCAGCCAGGAAGCAGCCAGUGGACUAUCAACCGGGGAGAAGAAGAAAACCGCGCAGACCACCGUCUGCAGGGAGAGGAACACCGAACUGGCCAGGUCGGAUCCAGUCAGGCCUUUUAUCAGUGGCCACGUGGCUAACAGCAUGGCAGCAGAAGUGAUUGCCUUGUUGCAUGGCCUCUUGACGGCACCUGAAACCAACACAGCUCAGAUUUGGACAAGUACUGCAGAAAAAGUGCUGUCCCGGGCCCUGAUGUUCAUCCCCCAGUUGGGGAAGUAUGCAGAGAGUAUCCUGGAGAACGGCAGCAGCAGUGGUAGGAAGCUGGCCAAGCUGCAGGCCAUCGCUCGCCAGGCCGUGGCAGCUCUCUGUGCGCUCGGCGGCUUUAAGGAGACCAUCAAGAUCGGCUCUGAGGUCCAGGUUGUGGGGAAAGGAAUCCUGGGCAGUGUUGGUGUGGUGAUGUCUAUAAAUGAACAAGAAGGCAUUGCCAUUGUUAAGUUUCCAUCUUCGGAUUACAGGAAGACCUGCAAAGCUUCUGAUAUUCUGACGGUUCCCAUAUCCCGUCUCAUUACUCCCAGAUCAGAGGCUCUGCCGCUGUACAAGCUGUCGAUCACAGAGAAGGUGGUGCAGGCGGUUCAGUCCAUGCUGCUGCCUCAUGAGGGGAGCCUCUCCAUCCACACCUCCCUGCCUGCCACCGGCGAUGGCUCCAGCCCUGUCAUGGCCGUGGUGCGGCUCCUGGCUGAGAUUAGGACCAGAGCCUGUUUGGUGAUGGCCCAGCUCCUGGAGGACAGCUCGUUCUGUGAAGAGUUCAUUCAGCAGUGCCCUGCUGCUGUAGAGGUGCUCAACCUAGUGGCACAGGAGUGCAGCCCUGGGGAACGGCUAGUGGUGGUGGAAGCUCAGUGUGAGAGACUCAGGAUGCUGUAUCGGGACUGUGCCCGUCCUCCUCCCCCACCCCUACAGACUGACAGGAGACAGCCCAAGGAGAUCACCUGGUGUCCGUCUCGAGUGUUCCCUCAAGUGCGCGCCUGCAUGUUUUCCUCGCAGUUAACAUCCGUCACCUUCCUGGCCGACCCCAGCGCUGGAGGAGGCCUGCCUCGAGGGACCUUCAUCUACGCUACCUCCCCCAUACCUGUGCAGGCCCCUUCCUUCUACUGGGAGGUUGAGGUUGUUUCCUAUGGAGACUCGGAUGAUGACAGCGGACCAAUCGUUUCCUUUGGAUUUGCUACAGAAGCUGAGAAGAGAGAUGGUGCUUGGACCAAUCCAGUGGGGACUUGCCUGUUUCACAAUAAUGGAAGAGCUGUGCACUACAAUGGCUCCAGUUUGUUGCAGUGGAAGAGUGUACGCCUGGACGUGGCUCUGGUUCCUGGUGAUGUCGCUGGUAUCGGCUGGGAGCGGACUGAAGGCACGCCUCCCCCUCCUGGCCAGGCUGCUAAGGGCAGAGUUUACUUCACGUACUGCGGGCAGCGGCUCCCCCCCUUCCUGGAGGACGUGUCCGGGGGGAUGUGGCCCCUGGUACACAUUCAGAAGAAGAAUACCAAAAUCCGGGCCAACUUUGGGUGCCGGCCGUUUGCCUACGCAGAGGGGCAGGCCCACAGGAACGCUGCUGACCUGUGUAUUGACCUGGCCGAGGAGAUCAGUGCCAACUUCGAAGCUCUGCCCUUCGCCAUGGCCUCUGACAGCGACGAUGCUGGUGCCAGCGUGGCCUCUGAUCCGGGAUCCCAUGGUCCGCCCUGCAGGAUAGCAGCCGUGGCCACCGCAAUACAGCAGUAUGACAGCGAUUCAUCCUGCUUUUACAAGGUUGAGCUGAGCUAUGAGAACUUAAUCACGUCAGGGCCCGAACCUCAUCUCCCGCCCGUCGUCGAUGACGAAAGUGAUGAUGACGAGGAUGAUGACAUCCCGAGGGAGGAUCACUACGCUCUGCUGGUGAAAGCGUGGGAGACCAAGGUCUUCCCUACAAUCCGCAGGAGAUUCCGAAACGAAGCGGAGAGGAAGUCUGGACUGGACCAGAUCAAGGGAGCGCUGCAGCUGGGCAUGGUUGAUAUUGCCCGGCAGACAGUGGAAUUCCUGUAUGAAGAAAACGGUGGUAUUCCCAGAGACCUCUACCUUCCAACCAUUGAGGAUAUUAAAGACGAGGCAAAUAAAUUCACAAUCGAUAAAGUUCGUAAAGGGCUGACUGUGGUAAUCAGGUCUCCAGAAAGUAACAACACAAACAGCACUACAGGCGGGACUGCACUGCCUAAGUUUGCCAUCAGAGGGAUGCUGAAGACCUUCGCCCUGCAUGGGGUAGUUCUGGAUGUAGACUCGAUGAAUGAGCUGGUCCAGGUGGAGACAUACCUGCGCAGUGAGGGGGUCCUGGUCCGGUACUGGUAUCCCAUCGACAUGCUGGAGAGACCACCGGCUGGGUCCAGACGCACUGCAGCUAAUGGACUCGUCUCCAUGGACAGCACCAACAUCCAAAUCCACAGGGAGCUGCUGCGUGGUGAAGCCGCCCUGGCUAGACUCUACUGCCGCAUGGCUCUGCUCAAUAUCUUCGCUCCAAAAUCCCCGCACACUUUCACUCGGCUCUUCCACAUCCCUGCCAUCCGUGACAUCACACUGGAGCACCUGCAGCUCCUGUCCAAUCAGCUGCUGGCUCCGCCUCUUCCAGAUGGUACCAUCAGCUCCAACUCCAUCCUCCUAGCCCAGUCUCUCCAGCACUGCAUCCAGGGCCAGAGCUGCUCCCCAACUGACCUCUUCUAUCAGGGUAAUGCACAGCCAAUCAGAGAGUGGCUUACUGUGGCCAUAACCCGGGCCCUGCACCAAGGAGAAGAGAGCUUGUUGGACCUAACCAAACAGAUCUGCUCUUUCCUACUGCACGCUCCUGAGCAGUUUCCUUCUGAAGAGUUUCCCAUCACGGAGUCGAAGGUCAACAUGGAUGUCAGCUUCCCCGGAGCUGCAUUUGUGGUGAUCUCAUGCAAGGAGAGCCAGACGGGAUUCCGCAAAGACUCUUCUCUGUACAAGGCACCUUGGGCUCGGGUGAUGGUUUACGGCCUGGGGCAUAAAGUGCGGAGGAACGGGCAGCUGAACCUCAUGGAAACCGUCUGCUACCCGUUAGACGCCUCGCCCACAAAUACAGGCCUCACCCCACCGCCCACAACCAAUCAGUAUCCCUGCAUCAUCAUUCCCACUGACAAGGUGCACGUCAAACUAGGGGUGUCUCCCCCUCCUGGUGCUGUGUUGCUGCUUCACUCCCUGCCUCUGGAGUUCCCUCUGGCCAUGGCUUUUGCGGAGCAGCUGCUGUCCUGGAAACUGGGCGACAGGGACGAGUGCUCAGAGGACGAGCUCGACACCAUCCCCGCCUCUGUGCUGCUGCAGGUCGUCGAGCUCCUCGGUGGGCUCUUGUGGACGACAGACCUGGCCGCCUGCGUCAAAGAGCUGAUCUUCCACCUGCUGUCUGAGCUCUUCCGCAAGAUCCACCACCUGGAGCAGCGCAAGAACCCCUCUGGUCUGUCCAGCUCCAUCGCUCUGCUGCUCAACCCCUGCCUGGCCGUGGUGGUGGCACUGCAGACCGAGCUCCGCAAGCUGUACGAUGAGGAGAUCCAGGGCUGGGCGACUGCUAGGGGGGACACAGCCUCUGCAGGGGGGCUGGCUCUGGGCUCCGAGCAGGGCCGCUUCUCAACCUAUUUCCAUGCCCUGAUGGAGGUCUGCCUGGCCGUGGCUGAGGUGACGCUGCCUCUCAACAUGAGCAAUGCUGCAGUGAGCGCCAUCUCCUCCAGCAGCGGCCCUACCCUGAGCGACUCUUCCUCCUCUUCCUCCUCCUCCCCAGGCCAGACCCCCCAGAGCCCCAGCCUGCUCUCCAAGCGCAAGAAGGUCAAGAUGAAACGGGAGAAGGCUGCAGCUGCUGUCGCUUCGGGAAAGGGGCCACCUUCCUCCUGUGCUUCCAGGCUGUCCGAGAGCGAUACUGCCCUGCUCAAUAUGGGAGGAGGCAAGCCGGAAGACAUGCUGUGGUUCCACCGGGCCCUGACCCUGCUUAUGAUCCUCCGACACCUGGCUAACAAGGACCCACAAGGCCUGGGGGUGACCAGUGACGCAGUGACCGACGCCAGCCAAGCUUUGGUAAGCCCCACUGCUCACAGCCGCUUACUCGUAAUAUCCGGCAUCCCCACCCACCUGGAGGAAAACGUGGUGCGCAGCGCCAUCCGCAGGGUUUGCAAUGCCCAUGGCGGGCUCUUCAAAGAUGAGAUCUACAUCCCCCUUCAAGAGGAGGACCCCAAGAAACCCAAGUGCAGCGUGGUCACAUUGGAUUGUAAAGCAACAGAGCCAGAGAGACCGGCGAGCGUCACAGACAGUUUGGACAGUUCUAGCAGCGUCACUCCAGCUAUGAGUGUGAGUGCUUCAGCCUCCACCAGUCAGACUUCCAUCUGCAGCUCCUCUCAGGGUGUCUCCCGCACUGCCAGUGAGCUCUCUGUAGAUCAGGAGAUCCUGGCAGCCACCAUGGUUGUGGUUACCUCACAGCAGCAGGGAGUGCUGGACCCCCACACUGUCUCCAGCCAGGAGAGUCUGGACCUGUCUCUGUGCAGCACCGGGAGUUUGGGAAGCCUUGGCAGUCUGGGGGAGCCCCUGGACAGCGCAGACACUGCCUCAGUCUCGGACGGGGGCUCCAUGUACACAGUCACCUCUCUCGACAACAACAUGCCGAUGGCCCGGCCCAUCAAGGGAUACGCUGUCAUAGAGGUGCGCGCCCGAGCAAAGGUGGAGAAGAUCCGCGCCAGCUUGUUCAACAGCAGUGAUCUGAUUGGUCUGUCCAGCCUAGAUGGGGAGGAGGAGCUGAUGGAGAUGACGACGGAGGAGAUCCUGACUGUCUCCAGCGUGAACCAGAGCCUGUUUGACACCCAGGGCAGCUCUGUACUUGAAGACUACUUCACAGACAAGUCCAUCAAAGGAGACAAGUUGGUUCCCAGUGCACGGGACAUCCUGACUGAGAUUUUUAAAAGCUGCGUACACUCUGAGCAGAUGCUGAGCUUGACCCCUGCGAAGCCCGUCAAGGUGUCGGAUAUUUACCUCAGCAAAGAGCAGAUCAACUCUCAGACCCCAGGGAAUCUGCUGCAUGUAUUCUUCACAAAAGUCCGCCCACCGAAGAAAGUUCUCGAGGACCAGCUCGCACAGAUCCUGAGGAAAUAUGGGGUCCCCAAACCAAACAAAAGCAGAUACAGCAAAGCCGGCAAAGAGCAGCACCAGGGGAAAGUGGUCAGCACAAAGAGACCCCUCACCAAGCCUCCCACUAAAGAGAAGUCUGUGCUCAACAGCGUCAGGACUGCUCUAAGUGAGAAGAAGCCGAUAGUUAAGCCCAAGUCUCCAGAGAAGACCAAACCUGAGGAGAAGGAUCCUGAGAAAGCUCGGACAAAGAAACAGGAAGGUACCCUCUCCUUUACCACCUCUGUUACUGUGCUGUCGGAGGGGAAAAGGUUUCAACCUGUGGAUUCAUGUGGUUACAUGCAACAUCUCCUCUUUCCAGAGGAGAAGUACCUGACUCUGGAGGGUUUCCACCGCUUCACAGUGGACCGAGCCAAGCAGGACAUCCGCAGUGUGUGGCGAGCCAUCUUGGGCUGUGGCUACGACCUGCACUUUGAAAGGUGUGCCUGUGUACACACUCGGCAUGCCCAGAAAGCCUGCCGGAAGUGGAGCCUGGAGAUGGACGUGGCGCUGGUGCAGUAUGUGAACCGGCUGUGCCGUCACCUGGCCAUCACCCCGACCCGCCUGCACCCUCACGAGGUGUACCUGGACCCGGCUGACACCGCCGAUCCCAGGGUCUCCUGCCUGCUGAACAUCCCUGUUGAGAGCCUUCGGCUGCGAUUUGCUCUGCUACAGUCCCUCAACAACAUGCUGGAGACCUUCUUCCUACCCCUGGUGGAGCUGCGUCAGACAGACACCUACCUGCACAGCAUUGCUGCCCUCCUCCGGGAGGCCAAGGGUUUGGUCUGUUAUGACACUAAAGUGGCAGUGAUGAAUCGAGUGCUGAAUGCUACAGUGCAGAGAACAGCAGACCAUGCUGCCCCUGAGAUCACCCUGGACCCCCUGGAGAUUGUAGGAGGGGAGAUCCGUUCUGCUGAAAACACUUACUUCUGUCAGGCAGCCCGUCAGCUUGCCUGUGUCCCUUCAUCCCAGCUCUGUGUCAAACUGGCCAGUGGAGGGGACCCCACGUAUGCCUUCAACAUCCGCUUCACUGGAGAGGAGGUCCAUGGCACCAGUGGCUCAUUUAGGCACUUUCUGUGGCAGGUCUGCAAAGAAUUACAGAGCUCCGCACUCUCUCUGCUCAUGCCCUGCCCCAGCUCCGCUGCCAAUAGGAACAAGGGGAAGUACAUCCUGACUCCCGGCCCGAUCACCUAUGCAGAGGAGCAGCUGCUUCACUUCUUGGGACAGCUCCUGGGGAUCGGGAUUCGCGCUGACCUCCCGCUGCCACUGGACCUGCUCUCCUCCUUCUGGAAGGUGCUGGUGGGGGAGUCCCUGGACCCAGAGGCAGACCUCCACGAGGCCGACGUGCUCACCCACAACUACAUCAAGAGAGUGGAGAAUGUGAAUGACGAGACAGAGCUGGAAGCUCUCUGUACAGAAAUCACCUCUCAACAUCACUCGAGUGAGAGCCCAGAGUCCCCGAACAAGCCUUGCUGCAAGUUCACCUACAUCACCAUGACCGGGGACGAGGUGGAGCUGUGUCCUGGAGGCAGGAACAUCAUUGUCGGCUGGGAAAACAAGGACAUGUAUGCAUCUGCGAUCAGAAGCCUGCGGUUGCGCGAGCUGCAGAACUCGGAGUGCAUGACAGCGGUACGAGCCGGGCUGGGCUCCAUCAUCCCCCUGCAGCUGCUCACCACCCUCACUGCCCUGGAGGUGGAGCUGAGGACCUGCGGCCUGCCGUACAUCAACCUUGAGUUUCUCAAGGCUCACACAAUGUACCAGGUAGGUCUGAUGGAGACAGAUCCGCACAUUGAGUUCUUCUGGACGGCUUUAGAAAUGUUCACUCAGGAGGAGCUCUGUAAGUUCAUCAAGUUCGCCUGUAACCAGGAGCGUAUUCCCUUCACCUGUCCGUGCAAGGAUGGGGGUCCUGACACUGCACACGUACCCCCCUACCCUAUGAAGAUCGCCCCUCCCGAUGGGACUUCAGGUUCUCCUGAUUCUCGGUAUAUCCGAGUUGAAACCUGCAUGUUCAUGAUCAAACUUCCUCAGUAUUCCUCUUUGGAGAUCAUGCUGGAAAAGCUUCGGUAUGCAAUCCAUUACCGAGAGGACCCUUUGAGCGGCUGAGUGAGCCAGCCAGCCAGCCGGCCCAACAACCUUUCACAUAACCAGGAGAACAAGAGGAUUCUCCUACAUGAAGUGCUUCCUAGAAGUAAACAGACCUGAACGUGAAGAAAAGGAGACUGGUAGCACUUUGAUUUCUUCAAGAUCCUACAAAGCUAGACACGGGCUGGCAUUUGCUACAGCCAGUGUGCUCUGCAACUGCUGGGCUGUGUCAUUACCUGUGGAAGUGGUUUUGUGAAAAGGCAGUAUAAAAAUAAGGGACCCCGUGCAUUGCACUUUGUUUUACCAGGGUAAGAAAAUGUUAGGGGUUGUUUUAUUUUUUGUUGUUAAUUAGAUGUCUUAACUUAAACAUCAGACUGCAUCAAUAUGAAAAUAAUAUGUUAUAGCUAACAGUAUGUCAAAUGGGAGAAACCUCUUUUACUGCAUAUCGCUGCUUUUUAAGGCAACUGGAGAGGCGGUUCUGCCUAUGGUUUUGAGUAGGGAAAAAAAGCUUUUUGAAUGGUACGUUACUCAGACAAACAAGGUAUCUACAUUAUCAAAACAAUCUGAGCACUGCAGAACUGCUCCUAGUUUACACCCCAGAUCCUGAAAGGUUGCUUGUGUAAAUAGUUAACCUACUUUUAAAUUUAUAAGCACAGGAAGUGAUGUAUUAGAUACUUAAGGGUAUUGGUCACCUUUGUAUUUUAUGAUUUAUUCUUCUAACAGCCGUAACCAAUGCUUAGACCACAAUGCCAAAAGUGUACAUAAAGCAAAGGAAGAAUUAGCCGGCUGAUCUGCUCAAGGAACCCAGAAACUACUCUGCUUCUCCUCAGCUGGCAUUGGGCAAAAUGGGAUGGCCUUUGUUAUCAAUUAGAAGAGAAAUACAUGUGUCACUUGUGGACAUUUACUGAAGAAAAUGACUUCAGGCUUCUUGUAACCCACAGAAGCCAAACGUGGACUUUACCGCUGGUUAAGACACUCAGUAUGUCCGAGACCAACAAGUCCCCAGAACGAGGGGAGGGAAAGUAUGGAAAAAAGGGUGCAUAUGUUUUAUUUAACAGUAUAAAAAAGGGUGAGAGGGUACAUAACUAUUGUAAAAUAACAGUUUUGCUUGACCCCUCCAAGUGCAUUGUAAAAGACGUUUAUUCUGAGGUGAUCCAGUAAUUUGGUCUAAACUGCAGGGAGAGAAUCUUGUGCAUAUUUUAUUUGCAGACUGCUGUUGCUGUGUGCUGCUUAGAGGGUGAAAAGGGUAAAAGGAAUAUGAAGCCCUGCUGUGCUGUUUUAAUUUUAUUCUUUUUUUUGAGUGACUGACAUUUCAGUGUGGCAGCUUUAUGGUUCUAACAUGAUUGGCACACACAAUACUAUAACCUCCCUAUCACCAGUUGAUAGCUAAAAUAAAAUCUAAAACUGAAAUCUCCCUAUUGCUACACCUUAACAAGUUAUCUAAAACAAAAAAAAUACUUUGAAAAUGUAUAUACAAUAAGUCAGUUUAAAUUCUGGAAUGUAAAUUGUCUGAUGGUGUCACCACUGGGUUUUUGAAUAUAGGUCAACGUUCUCACCUUUCUUUAUCAAAAAAAGUUCUCCUUUUAAGUACUGUAACUAUGCACUGUACAGUAAAUUCUAAUCCCUCUAAAGACCUGGUCUGUGUGUUACUAUUUAAUUGACAUGGGAUAAACAGUGUUACCAAUGGCAUUGUGUGUGCCAAUCUUUUAGUUUUUAAAACAGGUAGAUAAUGAUGAUAGCUGUGACAAAGUUAACUGCUGCUAACAGAAUGCUCUCUCUCCCAGGGGGCAAUAUAAGGAAUAAAAGGACAUAUCCACACCAAGAUGUUAAAUGUGUGCUGUACAUUUACUUGAUAUUUAUUACAAUUAUUUAUGAUUGCAUUUAAUCUAACCUUUACUCUGCUGUUUACCCUGUAUACAUCUAUACCUAACACAGUGAUGUUUGAAUGGAUUCUACAGAUAAAAACUCAGAUUUCUGUGUCACAAAUAAUAAAUUCUCUUAAUGUAAAA